AUGUCAUUACUCAGGCGGUCGGGGAGAAAUCCAAACUCAAUCUACGAUUGCUGCCGUCUAUUGUGUCACUUGCAAUUUAUAAUCGGCUGCAGUGGCAUUAGGAGUAAAAGCCGUGAGAAAUACAUCUGUGACUGGAUUUCGCUAGGCUACACCCUGCUGGCCAUUAUCGCCAUUGUGGGUAUUCUGCUGGUCACAGCCUAUGUGAAGUUCAAGGAUCCAUAUUUUGUGAAAAUGGACAGUUUGAUUAAGUCCAUCAUCUAUUUGGAGUUGGGAAUGUCGCUGUUCAUGUAUGUGGUGACAGGUGUUAGCAUGAUGUUGCAGUCCUCCACUCAUCUGCGAUUAUAUCAAAGUGUCCAUGAGCUGGAUCGUAUAUUGAUAAGGGACUUUAGGGCCAACAUGAACUAUAAGGUGCUGAUGAAGAAGCAGCGGUUCUUGUUGAUAUUCACCAAUGUCAUUUAUAACACCAUCACGGUACUGGGAGCUACUCGAGCCACAAAUCUCAGGGAUUUGGGCAUAAAUACAAUGGCAGGUUUGGCUUAUGGCUGCGUUACCGGAGGUCCCCAUUUGAAUUUUUACAUACAAAUGAAUUUUGCCGAAAUUUUGGCCAUUCGUUUUCGUUUGCUGCAAAAACUAUUGCAGGUAAAGCUUAAACCCGAAGCAGGCAUAGAUGAGCGAAAGAUUGUGCAACGACUGCAGUUGUUGGUGGAUUUGGUGCAAAAGUAUCACGAUUGCAUUGCAUUGACGAAUCGCGUCUUCUCUGUAAGUUUGGUGAUUAUAAUGCUGCAUGAUUUCACAUUGACCACCAGUGAGCUGUAUUUGAUUUUUGGAGGUCUCACUGGGGCAGGAAGCAGUGCUUUGAUUUAUUUUGUUUUGUUGGGUCUGGUGUUGCCCAUCUAUAAGAUGACUGUGGGACCGGUGUAUUCGGAAAAUGCCAUAGCGGAGGGCGAUAAAUGCUUCAAAAUUAUUCAGGAUCUGGAUUUUCAUUAUCCUGGCAAUAAAGUCAUAAGGCAGAUGGUCGCCACCAGUCUCACCUGGCGUUGGGACAAUCACAUUCAAUUCACCUGUGGCAGCAUGAAACUUAAUAUGGAAACUAUUGUAGGGUAUUUGGAAAUUUUCAAUUAUAUCCUAAUUUUGAUACAAUUUCGCAUGACCCAGGAAAUGGGGGAUCAAAUAGAAAAGCAAAAGAAUACCAUACAGGAUUGGAUUGGGGUGGAUUAUGUGUAA